AUGGUUCUAUGGUAUGGAUUUCUUGCUAUUGAAACAACUCAAGCUAAUCGUAGUGAACAACAACAGCAACAACAACAAAAACGAGAAAAAUGUUCAACAUACGAUAAUUUAUCUACAAUCAAUGAUAACAGUAAAUUACAAGAAAAAAUAAAUUAUUCUGAAUUGACUUUAGCGAUGCCAUUAUCAUCAUCAAAAAAUUCUUGGAUUUAUACUGAGGAUUUAAAAAAACGUUUUGAAGAACGUUGUUUAACAUUAGAUGAUUUACGAUCGACAUCGAAUUGUCGAUAUAUCAUUGUACCACUAUAUUGUGAACGACAUCCACCACUAAUAAAAUCAUCAUUAAAUGUUGCAGAAGAAAAUUCAUGGAUUUAUACAAAAUCAUUACGAGAACAUCGAUUAAAUAAACAACAAUUAUUUGAUAAUCGUCAUAGUCUAUUAACUCUAUUCGAUUCAACAACAACAACAAAACCGAAUAAUAAUUACUAUUGUACAAAUCAUGCUUAUACACAUGAUAUAGACGACUGUUCGAGUAAAAUAAAAGAAAAACGAUCAUUAUUUCGAAUAUCGGAACCGAAUCUGUAUCGUGGUCGUAUGACAAAUAAAAAAGUUCAAAGUAAAAUGUGCACUAAUCUAGUCGAAGAAGAAAGUGAAGAUGAAACAAAUGACUUAGAAGCAAUUACAGCCUCUUCACCAUUAAUAAAGAAAGGUCAAAUACUGACCAAUGGAGAAGCUCAUUCGGAUACAUAA